ACCCAGCACGCGCGCUACUUACUGCAAUGAUUUUCUUUUGCAGGACAACUUUAUGAAAAUUACUGGAUCAUCGCGAAAAUUUCAGAAUGUAGCUAGCCUAAGGCUAAAUGACCACGUUUUACUUCUAGCGAAAACAAUGAUGAUGACGAGUGUAGAAUCAAUAUGCAACUAUCAUGGAUGAUUCUCUUGGCAACGUGUCUUCUAACGUUAGCUGCAUCUGGUCGUAAAGCAUCAGAUCCUGUUGGCACAGGCAAUGAAGGAUAUGUAGGACGAAGAAGGAUUCGCAUUAGACCCGGUAGUCGCUGGCGUCAAAACGUUGACGAAAGAGUGGCCAGUGAAGACGAUAGCAACAAAACUUAUGACGAAUCACCAGGAGAUCAGAUUAACUCGUAUGACAGCGAGUCUAGACGACCACGCAUCAAUUCAGACAAUGAUAGAGACGAUGAAGACGCAGAUGAAGCCGGUAAGAGCCGGAUCAAAGUGGUUAGUGCUAGUUUCCGGCGGGUGGAAGAGUCCGAUUUAAGAUCUCUACAUGAUCCAACGCUGACAGACGAUGACCUAAAUCGAAUGGACGAUCACAAUAUCGAAAACGAGCUUAAUGCUCUCGCUGAGGGGCUUAAUCAUAAACAGCUGGUCGAAGUUGAUAAAGAUAACGGCGAUGAUAAUUAUGCUGGUUUGGGAUUCGGCGACGCGGAGCAAAGUUUUCAGAACAAUGGAGCGGCCAACGAUGAUUACGCCAAUGACGUCGCGGACAUAAAAACCGAGAUUGGCCCCCCUUGGUCUGACUGGCGACACUGCAAUGUCUCGUGUGGCGUCGGCAAGCAAUCGAGAUGGAGGCGAUGUAGAGACGAUUCGAAGGGUGUUUGUAAUCGGAUGACGGGCCGACAAACAGAGUGGAGACGAUGUCUGGGCAUGGAGUGUGAUCAGAAGACCAUUCAAGAACUAGGAGGAGGAUGCAAAGAUCAGUUGAUGAUGAAUCUUUUGCUAGGGGUGUUGAUUGGAGGCUUAGGGUCUGUGACAAUAUCUGCAGUUGUGAGCUUCUGCUACACGUGGUGUCAAAAGCCUUCCGAAUGGAAGUUGAGUGACCUAUGUCCCAAUUCAUGCACCAAUUGUUGCGCCGGCUGCGGCGAGAGUUGCACAAACUGUGGGAAAAACUGUUGCGAUCCCUAUACUGGAUGUUGUGCGGGUUGCGGUGGACCGUGUCCUUGUUGCUGGUGUCAACCUUGUUGCGACCCUUAUGCACAGCAGGACCGGUUGUACUACCACAAGCAACUAAUGAUGAACAAUGCAUAUCAACUCCAACACAACUUGGGACCACCCGGGCCAGGGCCAGGAGGAAAAAUGCCCUAUAAAAGACCCCCAGCACCAUUGCCCCGAGAAAGCACCAAGAGAAGGCCAUACUACGAUGAACCUGAAUAUGCUGAAAUAGAUCAAAUUUAUAAAGGCAGUCCUCGCAAGAAACAAAGAGAAAAGGAUAAAUAUGUCAAAUUCACUAAGAAACCGGUGAAUCAGUACCAGGACUCAGACGUUGAUGGCAACGUAAGACCUACGCGAAAAAGGGCACAGGAAAAAGUGGAGAAUGAUUACAUCGAUAUCUUGGCCGACGACGACGUCGACAAUGCUUACUUAACCCCUACGCUGAGGGGAGAAAGAUAUGAGUCCGACUUUGAUGCAACACCAAUUCGACCACGAUGACAGCGUCGAUGAGGAAAGGAUGAUCAUUCAUGUUUGUGCGGCGUCAUACAUCUCGGGUACCGUCCACGUGUCGCUAUAGCUGUAUGUCGCUGUCUGAGAUAAAAAGCUAUACACCAAUAAUGGACAUGCUUCAUUUUUUAAUUGCCAUUGGCUCUGCAAAAAACAAUUAUUUAUGCAUUGACAUUAAGAAGAUACUGUAUUCAUCUUCGCCAUUUUGCAAAAAUAAGAUUUAGAUUUACAAUCAAUAAAUCGUGAAUUUUUUUGCCAAUGAUUUCUCAAUGAUUUACAUUUUGAGUGUGUAUUUGAAGUAAACGGGUCUCUCGAUUUAGAAAAAAAAACACGCAAUAGACUUAAAUUUCCACCUGCUUGAUAACGCAGCUACUGUGUACCAACUCAUUAAUAUAAUUCAUGAUACACUCCAUAAGCAGAUUCCCGUUUUUGAAAGUUAUUGCAAUCAAACACAUCUCCUAAAAUCAUACGCAAUUGGAUUUUCAAGUAAUCUAAAGCGCCAUUUUUUAUAACUUCGAUUAU